GUGCGGCGGCGCACAAGCAAGUUUUUGUUGACAACUCAAAAUCGAUAUUUUUCCAUUCUGCCUGGCAUAUCUCCAUCGAGUGAAACUCCCUAAUUCAGCCCGGAACAUCGUUGCAAUGCCAACAAAACAAAAAGCAAGCUCGAACAAUGCUAGGGAUGAGGAUUUAUCUUCGGAAUCGGUGGAAGUCCUUCGCGAGCGAUUGAACCAAAUGAAGAGAUUGAUUGCCGAGCGGCAAAACCAGAACACUAGUGGCAGCGCUUCCGAUCUUUGGUCUCCGCCUAUACGAUCCAGUUGCAGUGGCAUCAUCGACGGCAAUUUCCUAUCGAUGGCAUUCGGGGGCGCAUUGAUCGUUAUUCUGUCGGUGUCGGUGUAUGCUUUCUAUAAUUUGUACCAUGCCGUACUGAAGAAAUUUCCCUCGCAACACACCGAGUUGUAAACUAGUGAGGGCUGAGCUCCGUUUGAUGUGCCAAGAGAGUGGAAUAGUGUGAUUUUUUAUAUCUGUAUAGACGAUCGUUUGGAAUUGUUCAAUGCAUUUCAGAACUUGAGUUUUUCCCUGACUCCUAAUAAAUAAAACAAGCCUGAAUGUGGGCCAAAUACUGCAGCUAA